AAGAGUGUGGGGAGUAUCCUUAAACAAAAAUUAUUCAUUGAUGUUAAUGCAUUUUUAUUAUCCUGAUAAGUUCGUUUAUUUGAAUGUAGUCUACUUUGGUUAAUAAAUGGUGUCUAUAUAUACUCUAUAUUUCACGUUAUUUGCGAUGGAGCUAUGGUGAAAAGGGAAUAAAUGAAAUAGAUGAACAAUUUAUUUGCUACGAAGAUACAAAACUAAUGCCAACUUUAAAGUGAUGCAGGAUGGAAGUUAAUUUAUAUCCGACUUAAGUAAUUAACAAAAAGUUCAAAACUAGGUUAUUCGAAUGAUCGUUCCUUGAUAUUAUGUGAAAUAAAUUGUUUGUUUGUAUGUGAACCAGUUUUGAGACAAUGGACUUAUUCCAACAUUGGUUACUGGUGUCCAGGCACGAUUUACAGCGAUGUAAGAGUCCUUGCACCGUUAGACACCGACGAACAGAAACACGCGACAAGAAAGGGAAGGUAUCGAUUACCCCACCCACAUCACCCAGUUCAGCAUCUUCGUUUUCAUUUCAACAAAAUGGUUACGACAACAACAGCUAUGAGCCUUCUUCGCCAAGACCAAGACUUGUGUCAGACAGCAGUGAUCCGGGUAUUGACGGACAUUUCAAAUUUCUUGAGGGAUAUUCAACGAAUGAUGUUGUGGAAGUGUUUGCUAUUUCGGACGGUAAAGUAAACAAUGACACGUUGUCAAAAAGAUCAACGGGUUCUAAACCAGCAUCAACAGCGGGCACCUUGCCCGGUGUCAGGGAUAGUUUUCCAGAGGACAAGUAUAAGUGGAAUGAUACAGAACCGAGCGUUAACAAUACGCCAAAACAAUCAAACAAAAGAAAGAUUUGUUUUAUAGUGUUUAUUACGAUAUUGGUGCUUGCAUUAAUAGCCGUUGGCGUUGCUGUGAUAUUAGUUUAUAAAGUCUUUGAUGUCGGAGAAAAAGAAGUUUUGACGACAGUCCGUCCAGAAAUAUUAUACCUAGAGGGCUCGCUUGAUCUCAAAGAGACGUGGACAGAUGAGCUGACCAAUCCAAACUCAUCACUGUAUAUAUCUACUGCUACUAAUUUUAUUUUAGAGAUGGAUAAAGUUAUGAAAAACAGUUCUUAUUCUGAUUCGUACAUACGUACAUACGUGACGGGAUUCAGUCCCGGAAGUAUAAAAGUAAAUUUUAAAAUGUUACAUAAUUAUGGCUUUAAGAAGACUGGUCGGACAGCGCCAGAGUUUGCUGAGCUGGUAGAAGAGCACCUUGUACGGACCGCUCCACAAACAAACCUUCCCAUUGAUUCUAAAACUAUAGAAAUACAUGAUGUUGUGCCAUCCAUGUCAUCUGUGGUACCACCGAGGAUAAUCGCAACUGCUACUUCUCCGUUGGCAUCUGCAGCAGCACCGAUUGUAACUUCAACUUCUUUGACAUUUGCAGCACCUACAAGCAGAGGCUCUACUGUUAUAUCUCCUUCAGCCUCAGCACCACUACUCAUUACCUCUAUGGUAAUUACUCAUCCGACGUCUACAGAACAACCGGAUGUAAGUUAUAAAGUUAAAUCACCGUUGACGGCAGCAAUCAAAGAGAUUGUAACUCCUACUGUUUUAUCUGCUUCGACGGCAAUAGAACUACUGAGUUCUACUGUUAUAUAUACUUUGGAGUCUGCAAAACUACCAAAUGUAAGAUACAGUCUUACAUCUUGUGUGGAGUCUUCAAUACAACCGAGUUUUACCUCUGCUGUCACAUUUCCUUUGACAUCUACAGAAAGUGUUACUUCAAGUGUCAUGUCUCCUUCGAUGUCGACAAAACUACCGAAUUUAAGCUCGACAGUAUUCUUUCAUUCGAGGUAUACAAAGGCACUAACUGAACAAUACACUGUAAUACCUGCUUCGUCGGUAUCCGCAGCAUUACAAUCUAAACCCUCUGCUUUUAUAUUUCCAUCUGAAAAACUGCCAAGUAUCACCUCUGAUUUACCAUUUAGUGUCUCCACUAUUACAUCUUCUUUGGUAUCGUUAGAAUCACUUACUGUAACAAACGCUGCCAUAUCACAUUCGGCGCCUGCAGAACCGUUGUUUAAAAUCUCCAUUGAUAAAACGUAUUUGGUUCCUGCACAUUCAACGAUUUCGUCUGCUGUUGUUAGGACUCCUUUGGAAAAUUCAACAUCACUGCACAAUACCUUAACAGCUAUUUCUCCUUCUUCGUCUAUGGAAUCUUCGAUAAUACCUGUCAUUGCUCUAUCUCCUUCUGUGUCUUCACCAACAGUCAUCUCUACUGUUAUAUCUCCUUCGAUAUCGACAGAAAUUCUGACUGUAACUCUCACUAUAGUAUUUCCUUUGGCGUCUGCAGAACCACUGACUGUAACAUCUACCAUUUUAUAUCCUUUGUCAGCUUCGCUGACAGUCACAUGUGCCGCUGCAUAUACUUCAGCAUCUUCAGAAUCACCGAAUGUUACUCCCUUUGUUAAAUAUUCUUCGGCAUCUACAGAACAACUAGUUGUAACAGCAACUGUUACAUCGCGUUACGUAGCGAUGGCUACACCAAUUGUAACCGCUGAUCUGAUACCUCAUGUGACUUCUGCAGAACACUUGAUUGUUACAUCCAGUGGUUCAUCACAAACUGCAUCUGCAGGGCAGCUGAGUGUAAUUCCAUCUCAGCUAUAUAAUUUACUGCCUGUGGAAUUACCAAGUGCAAUCAAAGCUAUUAUAUCGUCAUCGGUCUGGACGGAAUUACCGAGCGCAACCGACACUGUUAUACCGAGUACAACCAUCAGUGAUAAAUAUCAUUCUCCGAUUGGGGAAUCACCAAGUCUGAAAUCAUAUUCAGCGUCAUCAGGAUUACCGAAUGUUACUGACAAUGUUGUAUCUUCUUCGGUGUCUACAAAAUUACAUGAAUUAGAUGACAGUGUGAUACCUUAUGUAACAUCCAAUGUUAAACAUCAGGAAUUACCGAGUGUAAAUGGCACUUUCAUAUCGUUCGCGACGUCGUCUUCAGAAUUAUUAUGUGUAAGUGAUACUGUAACACCGCAUUUAGCUUGUUCAGAAUUACCGAGUGUAACAGACACUGUGAUAUAUCGAUUGAUGCCCGAUCCACCAGGGAGUGUAACCUCUACUGUAAUGUUUACUUCGGUGUCUGUAGAUCCACUUUCUGUAACCUCCGGCCAGUCGGGUGUAACCUCUAAUGUUAUAUCUCCUUCGGCGUCAACACUAUCAACUUCUUUUGUCUCAGCUUUUGUAUUCCCUUCUGCAUCAAAUACGUUAUCUGCCUCAGAAACAAGAGAAGCACCAAAUUCAACAUCUUCCCUAUCAACAUUAGCAAUAGCCUCUUCUUCCGCAGUACCAUCGACGUCACAGGCAUACUUAACAGAUGAAACCUCAGCCAUAACAUCAUCGUCAACGUCACCACCAACAACAUCAACAAGAGCAGUGGCGACAACGACGACCUCAUCAUCAUCAUCGGCAACUUCAUCAACGACUUCAACGACACCAGCAUCGUCAUUAUCAGCUACAACAUCAACUUCGACGACUCCAUCAGCCAGUACAUCGUCAUCAUCAUCAUCAUCAACAACAAAAUCCACGACAACAGUUCCAUCAAAAACAACGACAACAACAACGACGCCAUCUACCACAACAACAUCAACAACGACCACGACGCCAACUUCAAAAACGACGCCAUCUACAACCACAACAUCGACGACGACCACGACGCCAACUUCAACAACGACGCCCUCUACAACCACAACAUCAACGACGCCCUCUACAACCACAACAUCAACGACGCUAUCUACAACCACAACAUCGACGACGACCACGACGCCAACUUCAACAACGACGCCAUCUACAACCACAACAUCAACGACGACCUCUACAACCACAACAUCAACGACGCCAUCUACAACCACAACAUCAACGACGCCAUCUACAACCACAACAUCGACGACGACUACGACGCAAACUUCAUCUACGACGUCAUCUUCUUCUUCGUCGUCAACAACAAGUUCAAGUACUACUUCUACUACUAGUAAAACAACAACGACCACAGAGCCGGAUCGGCCACCAGCCGCUGAUGCCGGUUCAGAUAUAACCAUCACUCUACCAAAGCGAACUGCUGUACUUGACGGAUCCGCAAGCACAGAUGAUCACGGUAUAACAUCGUACCAGUGGGAGAAACUUUCCCCGGCUUCUGUCAGUAUUGUCAUGGUGGGUGCGGACUCCAAAGUGCUAAGCGUAUCGGACCUUGUAGAGGGAACAUUUGUGUUUCGUCUCACCGUUUCUGAUAAGGCAGGACAAAUAGAUCAGGACGUAGUCACAUUAACAGUAAACCCAGCCCCUACAACGCCCACCACAACUACAUCUACCACACCGCAACCAGAUCUGUGUUUACCAGUAGAUUUUGCAACGUGCAGUAGCCGCGGAUUCACGCAGACGAUAUUUCCAAAUUUCUUCAACCAUGAGUCGGGCAUUGAAGCAGAGGAAGCGUUUAACAUUUCUGUAGAGCCUGUAAUCAAUCAGAUUUGCCAGGAGACGGCAAUUCAUUACAUGUGCUCACUGUAUUUCCCUAAAUGCGAUCCAAAUACGGGCAUAUUCGCUAUUCCAUGCAAGAGCCUGUGCGAAGCCUCCGAAAACUCGUGUGGGAACUACUUUUCCAGUCCAUUUCCGUGUAAGCAUUUUUCGGACACAGACUGUGUGGCGUUGCCGACAACUACCGAAGCUCCUACCACUACGACCAUGCAACAACGAACAUGCGAGCCAACAAUACCGAAAGCUUGCAGGCGACUCGGGUUCAAUCAAACAGCGUUUCCUAACUUCUUUUCUGAACCCGAUCAGGAAAAUGCAAUUGAAACGUUCGAGAAUUAUUUGUUGCCCACAUUAGGUUGUCACGAGGACGCCUUGUAUUUUGUCUGCAGCAUUCAGUUUCCAAAAUGUGUGGCUGGUGUAAACAUAAAACCUUGUCGAAGAACAUGCCAAGCUGUGAGUGAGGCGUGUGAGGAAAUUUCCCUAUUUUUCCAAUGUGGUGCGUACGAAGAUCUAGAUUGUGUAUCUCCGCCUCAGCCAACAGCAGAACCAAAAACUAUUCGGGGAAAAUGCGCAAAAAAUGAGUUUUCAUGUGGAAAGGUGACAAAAUGUAUAAGUGAAGACAGAGUCUGUAAUGGUGUAGAUGACUGUGGGGACUGGACAGAUGAAAUGAAUUGUGUAUGUAGUGAGUAUGAAUAUCAGUGUGAUAUGGGAAUGUGUAUCAAAUCUUACCACCGAUGUGACGGGGAAGCACAGUGCCCUGACAACAGUGAUGAGAAAAAAUGUGAUGGCUGCACACACGGUGCUGUAAAAUGUCCUAGUGGGGAAUGUAUCAUGUCGGAGUGGGUCUGUGACGGAAGGGCCGAAUGUAAGGACGGCUGGGAUGAGUACAAUUGUGAUGUAUGCGGUUAUAACCAGUUUACCUGCGCUGACAGAGGCCAAACGUGCAUUGACCUGUCAAAGAGGUGUGACGGGGUACAGGACUGUCCCGAAGGUUAUGAUGAGUGGGACUGUAGUAAGUUAAACCACGAGAAGGGUAUUCUGGAAAUCAACUAUCUUAAAUAUCAUCUUCCGGUGUGUGCUGCAACCUGGCACGAUGCUUUCGGGGAUUAUACCUGCAGUGAGCUUCUAGGAGAAGGACCAUAUAUCAACAAGACUGAUAUUACCUACAAUUUACAUGCAUUUGCAAACAUUUCUGGAAUGGGAAAAUUGCCGUCUGUAUUAGGGCCUUGGGAUAUAACGUACGAUUGCCCAGGAAGCAAAGCCGUGAGAAUAAAUUGUCAACCGAGAGGCUGUGGUAAGAGAAAAGUAGAAUCUAUGACGCCUACGGUUGUUGGAGGAGAGGAUGCGGACCCAGGAGAGUGGCCUUGGCAUGUGGCACUGUACUUUGGAGGGCAAUAUUUCUGUGGUGGAACUCUUAUCAGUGACACCUUUGUUCUAACAGCAGCUCACUGUGUUGAAAAAUUCAAUCGAGAUUUCAGCCUUAUGACUGUAAAGCUGGGGGCAACCAACAGGGCCGCAAGCGAAACAACACAGCAUGUCAUCAAAGUAGAAGCCAUUGAGUCGCACUCGGAACAUGUGUAUUUUAAAAAGAAUGACAUCGCUUUACUUCAGUUGGAGGGACCUGUGACAUUCACAAACUAUAUUCAGCCGAUUUGCCUCCCUGAGCCUGACGAUCCUUUGCCACUCUUUUCAACAUGUUUCACAGUGGGUUGGGGCAAGACUAAAUGGGACGGUGAUUACGCGGAAGUGUUGCAGAAGCUGAAGAUGACACUUUGGGACACGAAGAAAUGCAACAGUUCUAUAGCAUGGAAUGGAGAAGUCUAUGAUACAUUUCUUUGUGCUGGAUACUACUCUGGUGUGCGGUCCAUCUGCAAAGGUGAUAGUGGUGGGCCAUUACUUUGUUUGGACCAGCAAAACACAUGGAGGAUAUUUGGAGUGUCCAGUUAUGUAGCAAAUUUCUGCAAUAUGACAGAAAGGCCUAAUAUUUACACAAAUGUAACACAUUUAUUGCCAUGGAUACAUGAGAAAACUGAGUGCAAAUUUCGUUGUGAUAAUGGGAAAUGUCUGUAUUACACGGACCAGUUGUGUGACAGGCAUGACCACUGUGGAGACAACUCGGACGAAGUCAGACCGUGCAAUAGGACGGUGACAUGUGACUUCGAAGAUAAGUUUCUCUGUGGAUAUGAAUUCACUGGAUGGAAGUUAGGAUAUGACAACAAAUUUGCCGCUAGCAUUGAGAUUGAUGGUCAAACGUAUACACAAUCAAACGCUCCUCAAUACGACCAUACAAUUGGCAGAUUUCCAGGGAAUUUCUUCUAUGGAAAACAGAAAAAUGUUCGUGAGGCGGAGCUAUGGUCACCAAGAUUUAACACUACGGGACAGACAUGUAUAAGAUUCUCAUACUACCAGAGAGGUUCGAUCAAAUUGGGGCUUUUUGUUUAUUUGCACGAAUAUCACAGAAGUGGUAAUUACUCUGUAAAAAUACCACGGACGUAUGGCAUAAGAUCAAACAGUCUGGAUGAAUGGAAAACCGGAUACUUUGAUGUGACUUUGGGAGAUUUCAAACUAAUGUUCCGGACAGCGGAUCUCCUUUCGGCAGCAAUCGAUGACAUUGUUAUGAUACCGGGCAUGUGCAGUGAAGUUCUGUGCAAUGAUGACGAGUACAGAUGUAAAGGUCGCAGAGAAUAUAAUCACAAAUGUAUUGCUAAGCAACAGCAUUGUAACCUUGCCAUAGACUGUGAUGGUGAAGUUGAUGAAAACACUUGCAGCACACAGGAAACACACUCCUACACGUGCACGUUUGAGAAUGGUAACUUGUGUGCGCUGUAUCAGGAGGUGGGUGACGCUUCCGAUUGGUGGCUGGUCAACGCUUCUUUUGUAAGAGAUGAACUGGGCAACAGGGCAUUCGUUGACCACUCUUCAAUGACUGUAGAUGGAUUCUUGUUUUACAUCAAUGCAAACAAUUUACAGACCAGUUCCAACCAUAUAUACAUGUGGCAGUUGUUUUAUCUACGGUCAAAAACUUAUUGUUUCUCCUUCUAUUACCAAAUGAAGUCGAACGUUAAUUUCAAUAUUCAUGUUACGUGUCAGGGCUGUACAUUGAAAACGUAUAUGGCACAAUCAACGUUUGAAGAUAAGUGGACACUGUUUCAAAUAGAUCUGCCUACCGCUAACAUUGUUAAUAUCACGUAUGAUGUAGAGGGAACUCAGAAAUCCGCUGGUUUUGUUCGCUCCUACAUUGCACUGGAUGAUAUAGUCGUGAAACCAGGGGUCUGCCCAGAAUACGUGUGUCCAGACAACUACACCAAGUGUAAAUCAUCUGACAGAUGCAUACCAGAUUCCGCCUUAUGUGAUAGAAAAGUUGAUUGUUUAGAUGAAUCGGACGAGGAACAAUGUGUGUGCAGAUCAGACGAGUACCGUUGUACAAGUGGGCGUUGUAUACCGGAAAUUUACAAGUGUGACCGGGAAGCACAAUGUCUAGACUCCAGUGAUGAGGGCGAUGUGUGUCAGUCGCUUAUGUCUGUAAGUUGUACGUUCGAGCAUCCAUACAUGUGUGGAUAUGACUUCCUCCACUAUACCAGAUUUCGUUGGGAGCGAAAUCAGGGCGGUACUAAAACCCAUUUCACGGGUCCCGAGGUAGAUCACACUUACCAUAAUCAAACAGGGCAUUAUAUGUAUACGGAAGCAAAUAAUGGAAACACUGGGGACAACGCCACGUUUAUUUCACCAGUUUUCUCCACCAGUUUAGGCCAAAGUGUGCUUUUCUACUACCAUAUGUAUUCCCUGGACUUAAAGCACGCACUCCCUGGUAUAUUACAGCUAUCAAUAGAAAACCUGCAAACACAAACGAAUACUGUAGUGUGGCAAGCGAGGGUUUCCGAUCUGAAAGACGAAUGGAGAGACGUAUGUGUUGAUUUACCAAACUACGCAAAACUAAGAUUGUGGUUUACAGUGAUACGUAACGAGAGUACGAUCUAUGGUGUGGAUAUGGCCAUUGAUGAUGUUAAACUCAAUUCUGAUACUUGUGCAAAGUUAACCACUCCACCACCUUCCACAACCACCACAGCAAGACUGACAACACAAGGUUCUGCAUGCGGAGUUGGAAAAUUCGAGUGCAAUGAUGGAACAUGUAUACCAGCGUCCUACAGGUGUGAUACUGAUUCGGACUGUCCUGAUUCUAGUGAUGAAUUUAACUGUUAGCCGCCGCAUGUCACCGGAAGCAACAGGUUGCUGUGGGAUAGAAAAUGUUCAGUUAGCCACAGGCUAUGAGAUAAACAAUGUUCAGUUAACAACGAGUCACUUUGGGAUAAAUAAUGUUCAGUUACCACAAGUUGCUGUGGGAUGAAUACUGAUUGUGUAGAAGUAUAAAUAAGAUGGUUGCGAGCCAUAGUCAGCGUAAAGGAAAAGUAAGGUGACACGAAAUCUGACAUAAAAUUUUUGUUAAUAUUGUUGUUAAUUUAACGUGUUAUUUCUACAUUAUUGCAGUACUUUUUUAAGCAUUUUUCGUCCUUUUUGUUGGUGUUAGUGCCAUAUUGUAAUGAGAACCUUUGUACAUAUACAUUUUUAUAAAUUGGUGCAUUAUUGUUUUCAUAUUUUCUUUAGAAAUGACGUAGCAAAGAUUUAUUGUAUAAACGAGAAUUGUAUUAAUAAUAAUUUAUUAUGGAUGUUAUAUAAACAUGACGGGAUGCAUAAGAUAUGCAUUAACUUAUAUGAAAUUAGUGUCCUAAUAGCAAAAGAAGUGUUUUAUGCACUUUUUAUGGCCCAAACACAAAAGUUAUCUGAUCGUGAAACAAAACAUGAUUAGAAAUUCGUUUCGUAGUUGCCAAAGCAAGUGUAUUUUUAUUUAAAUAGUCUUUGUAAAUAAACGGAAAUUUGAAAAUCUAUACCAGCCAUCUUAAAUUAAUUGGUCAUUCAAGUCGCUUUGGCAUCUAAGAAAUCACUUUUUCUUAAAAUAACAUAUUUUGGCUUCCAGAUAAUUGAAAGACUUUUGGUGUGACUAAAAAGAAAAUAAAUAUGCCCUACCUCUUGGAUAAGAGUUCGCUCUAUGCAUGUCGGUUGUCCAUUUGUCCUUACCACUUUGCUAAGCAUGGAUAACUUUUCAAAUACUACAGAAAGAAUAGCAGUCACAACUGAUGAGUCACUAGAAAUACAUCCGGAGCGAAAAGGAGCGAUGUGUUGCUGGCAACACACAAGGCCCUAAGCUCGGAGGUCGAGGUCAUUUAAAGACGUCCAACUCUAUAACCGUUGGAUCUGUUCUGAACAUUAUAUACAUUAGUUUGUCAUAAUAUAUAGUCUGAAGUGAACGUGGUAGCUCUUCCGUGAGAUUAUGUAACAUGUUGUAGUAAAACAAAUUUUUAAAAGGUCUUCAAUUAAAUAAUGAUGUUCCGUAUGUAUUCUCAGUAACUGCUCCAUCAAAGUUGAUUCAGACAAUGUUUAUAUUGAUAUUAUUUUUAAAGAGCAUUGCUCUUGAAAAUAAAUGAAAUAUGUUUAUUGUGUUGCUGGAAUUACUGUAAGAUUACUUGUUUCACUGACAGUUUCAAUAUUUAUUUUACACAUUCACCAGCUUUUGUUAUGUUUUGAGUAUAUGUCUGCUAUUGUAGCUGACGUAUGUAUUUCGGGUAAUAAAGUUAAGUUAUAGGGUAAAAUGUUCACGCACAACAUAAAAAGCUUCAAGGUCGGCAGUAUCAGUGAGGCCUUUGUUAAUACUCUGUACGCUCUGUAUGUUAACUUAAUUAAGGUAGUAGAUCCGUCAUGACAGUCGGCAAUGUCCGUUCAUUUACGUAUUCUUCGUAUGUCCGUUCGUUUACGUAUAAUUCAUAUGUCCGUUCGUUUACGUAUUAUUUGUAUGUCCGUUCGUUUACGUAUUCUUCGUAUGUCCGUUCGUUUACGUAUUCUUCGUAUGCGAUCUCUAUAUUCUCCGGUUGUUGCUUUUAUGGGCGGAUGUCGAAAUCUAAACAUCUAAAGUCUACCUGUUUUUAAGUAAGGAGAAUGCCGCUGGAACGCGAAGCAGUGCAAUGGUGUUUUGUGCACAUUCAAGCCUCUAUUUCAAUGCAUAAAACCUGCACGCCUCAAGAUUUAUAUCAUUUGUUUUCGAAAUUUAUAAGAAGGCGGGGGGGUUUCUUUUGUUAGUAAUUGCAGUAGAAAGACAUAUUAAAGGGUUUUAACGACAAUUCUCCACUCUAUGUUAAUGAAAUGUAUAGAACUCUUUCAAAAGCGUUAUUCAAACUAUGUGUAUUUGAUAUGGGACAGAAACACUUUAAUUGUGCUGGUUUAUCAUUUUAUCUUAAAUUAAUUACUGUCUGUCUUAUAAAAAUGGAAGUUUAAUAUUGUUCAAGAGGCAAGCCCGUUUAUAUGUACAUCGUCUUUGAGUAAGUGAUAACUGAAUAAAUAUAUUUGCGUAAAGGACAAGAAAAUACAAUUUCUUCAUGCAUUACAUUCUUAGUACACCAAAGUUCUUUAAAGCAAAUAUUAAUCUUGACUUCAGUUUGUAAAAAAAGUUUGACUUACGUGUUUGUUUUUGACAUGAAAACCGAGAAUUGAGACAAUUUUUAUAUUUUACUCGUGUGUUCUCUUUUUUAUGCUAAUUGAUGUGAAACAAACAAAAACUAUAUCAUUCGCAGUAUUUCAUUAGUUUAAAUAAAAUUAACAUUUGCAGCUGAACGUACCAAUGCGGAUUUAAUUUUCUCUCAUUGGUCAGUUAGUAGCAGACAGUAUGACACUAUUUUUUGCGUGUAUAUAAUAAUGCUUUUAAGAUGAAAAUGAUCAGAACAAUUAAUUUAUUUACAUAAAAAAUGAAUGCAGUUGUUAAAGUUGAAUGAUAUUUUUUCACGAUAUAUUGGUUAAGCUGAAAUUACGACGUUAUAAAUGUGUUUUAUGUAAGCUGUAUAUUUUAUGAAAAUGAUAUUUUGUUUCUACACCACCGUUUUAUGUUGUCAUGUACCCACUGUUUAGAUUAAGAAUCACUCAAUUGAGUUUGCUCCUAACUAUUUACGUGUACGUGUAGCUUAUGUAAUAAAAUAGAAACUUUGAA